AUGGUUGAAAGCACGAGCUGUGCAACCUAUCUCGGUCCUGUUCUUCUCGCAGUCUUUCUUCUCAGAGAUCUUCUCGAACGUUGGGCUUCCUCGCGAAAUCAAGCCCGAUACCGUCCAUUCGCUUUCCCCAACCCCGAGACGCGAAAGUACCACAUCUCCGACGUCAGCAUCAUAAUCCCCACAGUCGACACCGAUCCAAGCUUCACCAGAUGUCUGUGCGGCUUGCUGAAUCAUAAACCUCUGGAGAUCAUCAUCGUCGCUACGGAAACUGAGAGGUAUCGUGUCCAAGCACUCGUUCACAAUGCUACUGUUCAGAAAGCUGCCGCGGCUGCAGGAGGGAAGACGCACAUUAGGAUUCUGACCGUUCGGCACGCGAAUAAGCGCGAUCAACUUGUUCAAGGGAUCAGCGCGAGCAGAGGGGAGAUCUUGGCCCUGGUGGACGAUGAUGCAUUUUGGCAGAAUGAACGCUUGUUGUGGCAUUUGUUGGCUCCGUUUCAGGAGGAUGAUAUUGGUUUGGUUGGAUGCCCUAUUACAAAGGUCAGCAACAUCAUCACACCCUGGGAAGUGGCCGCCAUUCGUCUCCGCGGAAAACGUCACGGAAGCAUGAAAAGCGCCUAUGCAGCCGACGGAGGAAUCAAUUUCUGCGUGUCGGGAGUCACGAUGCUUCUUCGCGGCGAGAUCCUAAGGGAUCCGGAAUUCCAGCAUGCUUUCACCAAUGACUUCUGGAUGGGCCACAGACAGAACAGUGGCGACGAUAGCUUCAUUACGCGCUGGGUAUUGUUUCGGCAUCAGAUGAAGGACGACGAUAACAACAAUAUCAUCUCUCAGAGUCAUCCUUGGCUGCAGCGGAAGCCGCAGCAAAUCAACAACACCGACAAUCUCAACCACAUCAACGUCGAAAACAAUGUUCACGGUAACCCACAACACUCAACAAGAACCCAAUGGAGACUCGGCAUGCAAUUGACUUCUGAAGCCGAAGUCGGGACCUCAAUCAUGCCCGAUGCCCGCUUCGCUGGACAAUUGAAGCGCUGGUACCGCAGCGGCCUCCGCCACCGUCUUAUGUGUCUGUUCUUCGAGCCCGGGAUUCGCGCCAUGUGGCGCACGUGUCCAUAUAUGACGAGAAAGAUGGUCGAGGGAAUGCUGACUCCGGUUCUGUUGCCGCUUCGUCUCUACGCGCUGUACGCGACAUUUGAUGUUUUUCCUGGAUUAGCGCUCUUCAUCCUCACGUGGAAGAUAUGCAGCUACAUUCACGGCCUUUUCACUUUCAGCCUCGAAUACCCCUAUACCGGAAAAUACUGGUGGGCUGCUGUCCUGGUCGAUCAUCUGUAUUUGGUUUCGGAUUGGUAUUGUUGGGCCACGCUGGGCACUGAAGCGUGGAUGACUAGGAGGGAUGUCGACCAGGAAGAACGCCAGGUUGAGGUUGUGAGUGAAGGCAUGAGUCCGAACACGGACAUGAGGAGGGACGUGCGUGAGAAUGGAAACGUGACUGAGAAUGUGGAUGGAGUCGUGGAUAUGACUGACUGA